AUGGCCUCAGCUGCUGCUGCUGUUGCUCCCGCUCCUCAGCCUCACAGCCCUACCAUCCUCAAUGCAUCCGGUCCUCCCCCUGGACACUCCGUCACAGCCGGGAACCUCCAGACCUUUAUCCUGCCUGACAAAGUCUCCGACACCGAAGCAAACCAUAAACAUGACACCCGAGCAGCAUUCACUUUACAAAAGUGCCAAUUACGCUAUCAGACUUACUCUGGCUACAUUGCCAGUGGUGAGGAGCUGACUGACGGCAUUGCUGACUACAGCGAGAUCUUUACUGUGACCAAAGAUCUUGAACUUGAUGAGCCGAGGGUCGUUGCGAAAUGGCCGUGUCAUGGUCGGUGCCCUUGGCCUGAUUAUGAGAUGCAGAACCCCAUGCAUCGUUACAUGCAGAGUCUGGGGGGCGUGGGAGAAACGCUCUUGCAGCUCACUGAACUGGGGCUUGGUGUACCUCAAGGGUCGCUUACCAACUACACCGAAGAUGGGUGGCAUCACCUGAGGAUUCUCCGGCAUGGCAGCUUUCCUGCCAUCAAUAAAACUAAUGGCAAGGGCAAAGAAGGAAGAGGCAUUGGGUCUCACACUGACUACGGACUUCUUGUCAUUGCGGCAGCUGAUGAUGUCGGAGGCAAGUACUCGACGCAUUUCUCGCUGAUAUCUCGUGACUAA